AUGGCAAGAAGAAAUGUUCUUAUUACAGGUUGCUCCUCAGGAAUUGGACUGGCAUUAGCUGUAAAAAUGGCAAAAGAUGAGCAGAAAAGAUUUAAAGUGUAUGCCACCAUGCGGAAUCUGGCCAAGAAAGAGCCACUUGAGGAAGCUGUAGGUCACAGGCUAGGCAAAACCCUUGAAAUCAAACAACUGGAUGUCUGUGAUGAACAGUCUAUUAAAACUUGUGUGAAUAGUAUCCCUGACAGAAGGAUUGAUGUCCUAGUUAGCAAUGCUGGAAUGGGACUCAUUGGACCUAUUGAAUGUCAGACCAUAGAUGAAAUGAAAACUGUGAUGGAUACCAACUUCUUUGGACUGGUUCGCCUCCUGAAGGAGAUCUUGCCUGACAUGAAGAGGAGAAAGAGCGGGCAUAUAGUUAUAAUAAGCAGUGUUAUGGGAAUACAAGGUAUCUUAUUUAAUGAUGUUUAUGCUGCAUCUAAGUUUGCGGUGGAAGGAUUCUGUGAAAGUUUAGCUAUACAAGCUCUCAAGUUCAAACUGCAGUUAAGUUUGAUUGAACCAGGCCCAGUGGUUACAGAGUUUGAAAGAAAAGUGUUUGAAGAUGGAAUGAAAAUGGAUCUUUCAGCUGCAGAUGAAGAAACAGCUGAGAUGUUUACUAAUAUUUACCUUAAAAAUUACAAACAGAUUUUUCAGAGCCUGGGACAAAGUGCUGAAGAUGUUGCAGAGCAUACAGUCAAGAUAAUUCUUGCAGAAAACCCACCUUUUCGCCAUCAGACCAACACCUUGUAUACUCCAAUGACAACUUUGAAAUAUGCAGAUCCAAAUGGAGAUCUACCUAUUGAUACAUUCUACAAAAUGGUUUUUCAUCAUGACAAAAUCUUCAGUGCAAGUCUUAACUUUAUCAAAUUGCUAAGGUGGAGAAGUAGAAAGAGCUUUGACCUAGGAAAACCUUCACAAUAA